AGCUGUACAACAAAAACAUCAGUAGAUUUAGAUUUAGUAAAAGCUGUUAUUUUUAGAGCUCAAUUUAAUCAAAUGUCACAAUUAUGUUAAUCAUUUAGUUGAACACUAAAGGAAAAAUUAUUUGUCAAGUCCAAAAACACACAGUUAACAAUGUCGUGUUAUUAUCGUCAACAUGAAGACACAACGGUGACAAUUCCAAAAUAUGUUGUGGAAAGCUCAGCAGGGAUCACGUAUUAUGACAUCAAGGUUCGCGUUGGAACCGUGGAAUGGUUCGUAGAGCGACGCUAUCGCGAUUUUGCUCAGCUCCACGAUAAGCUCGUAGAGGAGAUAUCGAUCAGCAAAAAGCUGUUGCCACCAAAGAAGCUUGUGGGCAAUAAGCAGCCCGCAUUUUUAGAGCAGCGUCGCGAACAAUUGGAAACGUAUUUGCAAGAGCUACUCAUCUAUUUUCGAAAUGAGCUGCCACGUUUGCUUGCUGAAUUCUUGGAUUUCAACAAGUAUGACAUUAUAUAUCUGCUGCAAGAUCUUGCUAAGCUGUUUUACGAGAGUGGCGAUGCCCUACUGAGUGCCAAAAAGGAGUACAGCUUAUCGGCCCUGGAGGUAUAUGCCAUCAGUGAGCGUCUUGCCCUACCCUGUCCGCCCAGCAGUGAGCAAGGAGGCAAAUUUGACUUUUCGCAUGUGCUGGACUUUAGCACACAGCUCGCAGCCCUGGUAGUGACGCCUGUAAAAGAUAAUGCUAGCUUUGCGCAGGACUACAACACGGUAGAUGUGCCGAUUGGACGCAGCAAUAUCAUUCCAAAUCGCUUGAGCUUCAACUUGAAUGCAUUCCGAAAUCUUAAAACUCUUAAGUUUUCAGCGCUCUCCACAGAGAACAUUGUCGAUAUAGAGCUUUUAAAGCCGACGCUGCAAACAAUUUGUGUGCAUAAUACCACGAUAACGCACAUCAAUCAGGUCCUGCUUUGCGACAAUGUACACAAGGACUGCAAUGUGCCCAGCCUUCUGCCGGAGGCAGCAGCCAAUGGCGACGAUGCGGUGCUCAGCACAGAUGCGUGGAGCGAGCUGUGCGAACUGGAUCUGACGGGCAAUCUGCUUACCCAAAUUGAUGGCAGCGUACGAACUGCACCCAAGCUGCGUCGCCUUAUCCUGGAACAGAAUCGCAUUCGCACCGUACAGAAUCUGGCGGAGCUGCCACGCCUGCAGCUACUUUCGCUGUCGGGCAAUUUGAUAGCUGAGUGUAUAGACUGGCACCUGAGCAUGGGUAAUCUUGUGACCUUAAAUCUGGCACAGAACAAGAUUAAGGCGUUGAGCGGACUGCGUAAGCUGCUCUCCCUGGUCAAUUUGGAUUUGAGCUGCAAUCUUAUCGAACAACUAGAUGAAGUUGAUUUUGUUGCCAAUCUGCCACUCCUAGAGACGCUGAGACUCACUGGUAAUCCUCUGGCAGGCAGUGUCGACUAUCGCCCACGUGUUUUGGCGCGUUUCCAUGAGCGUGCUGCUGAAAUCUCGCUGGACAACGAACCAGGCACACAACAGGAACUGGACACAGCGCUUGUACUGUCAGCGCUGCUGAAAUCCAAGCUGCGACAACAACAAAAAUGACCAAGAUCCACAGCAGCAACAAUCACACAGUUCCAAUAUUCUAAAAAUCUCUCAGUAACAAUAGUAUUCGACAGAUAUCAACAAUUUUUGUACAGUUGGUUUAGUCACAGGGCGAGUCUAUUAGAGGAUUGCUACAAAUAUUCAUUAUAUAUUUGGUUAGCUUAUCAGUAUGUAAAUUGUACAUUUUCGAAAUUUAGGCCUUGAUAAAAAACUACAAUUUUUGAUGAGGAGUCUAAACAAAGAGAAUUACAAUUCUUCUGUAAACGGUCUUAAGCAAUUGAUACAAUAAUUGUUUGCAUUAAUAGACGCAAACUGUGGUUACCAUUAUAUUUUUAUUUUAUGUUUUAUGUGUAUUACAAGUGGACAAUUACAGUUGUAUGUUUAAUAA